GGGAAAAGGAAUUAGGCCAGCCCUCUCUCUAUUCCUUCACAUUCCUUCUUUCUUCCCUCUUUCUCCCUACUUCCAACUGUCUACUAUUUCUGCAAAGGGGCGCCGACCCAAGGCAUUCCGACAACGAGCUCGUCCGCAUCAUCUCUCUGAUCUCUUCCCUCAACACAACAAAUAAAGAGGACAGAAAAAGACCAAGCAGCCAACGAACCUCCCUCCUCGGAGCAUUACCUACCCUCAAGGAAACCAACCGCCACCGUCUCCUCCUCUGGCGCAAAGGCAACCGCGCCCACACACCAAUUCAAGAUGGCCACAGACCAAGAAACCUUCACCCUCCUCCCCUUGUCCAUGAACCCGCAGUCCAAAGCCAUCACCUCGGCCUCCACCUCCCGCAGCCUAGCCACCGAGCUCGACGCCCUCAACAACCUCCACCGCUCCCUCCUCAGCACCCUCGAGCACCCCCACGUCGUCCCGCCGCCCCCCGUCCCCGUGAACCCCAAGCGCAGCGCCCAGAUCAAGAAGCUCCGCGAGACGGGCAACGACACCUUCAAGAACCAAAAGUACACCGAGGCCAUCAGCUUCUACUCGCUGGGUCUCAAGAUGGCCCUGACCCGCCCUGCCUGGGAGCCCAACGGCCUCGUGCGCGACGAGGCCGCCAUGCUGUUUGCGAACCGGGCGCAGGCCCACAUGGAGCUGCGCGACUGGGUGCGCGGCGGCGCCGACGCCGAGUGCAGCGUCGAGGCCAAGAAGGUUGGGAAUCCCAAGGCGUGGUACAGGCGAGGACGGUGUCUGUUUGAGAUGGGCAGGUAUGAGGAGGCCAAGGAGUGGGUGGGGAAGGGUCUGGAGAUGGAGGGGGAGGAUCUGGAACUGAUCAAGCUGCUCAAGGAGAUUGAGGCCAAGCUCUGAAAGUAAGAGUCGGGAAUAGUUAAAGGGGGGAGGCGUAGGGAGGAACUUGAAGUGGCUUGGCUUUGACGGGGAAGUUUUGCAUUCAUCCUUGCCCGGCUAUCUUCACGAGAAGGGGCUCGAGGUACGGAGGGUUCUGGCUCGGGGUCGGAUUACAGGUGUUAAGGCGUUGGGACAUUUCAUAUUUCGACAUGUAGGCCUCUGCUUCUCCGCUUCCUCCUGCUCUCGCGCCACGCACAUACACAAGGGACCUUUUGCAAUGGCAGUGGCAUUGUUGAUACUAAAAGGUCCCAAGAGAGGCAAAAGCGGAGGAAGUUUGUUUUAUACGCAUCAGGACUCAUGAUACUGAAUGCCAUUAUUCCAUCUGAUUG